AUGAGAUCAUUUAUCAAAUCCCAUAGAAAGACUGAUUCAACUGUAUCCAGCACUUUGGAAAGUCCACUACUAGAAAAUAAUCAUGCCACCUCCACUCACGGUCAUUCAAACUCGGCUACUUUGAUUUCACCUCCAGAUGAUUAUCAUCCUCCAGUAUCAUACAGUAAUCGUUCUUCAACAACACCGAUUCCUUCCCCGAAAAUACAACAGCAUCCUCAAUUUACACCACCACAAGCAAACCACUCGAAUUCUUCCAGCAUUAGUUCACCAAAGAAAUUAUUAACUCCUAUUAAGAAUUUAUUUGCAUCAUCUUCACAUUCCAAAUCUACCGUGGCCACGCCUAGUUCAAGUGAGAAUUUGAGUAAUUGCAUAAACGGGAUAUCUCCAAAAGAGUCGAAAGUGAAAUUCUUGAAACAUAAAAGAAGAGAAAGUCAUAUUUCCAUAACCAAUGAGUUGACGAAACUACCGAAGGAACCGUUGAAUAGUUUAUAUGAUAAUAAGACCUACACCAAGCUAACCUCUUUUGAACACACCAAAACGAAAUCAUCCAAGCAUAGGUCAUCCACAAUCGAAACAAGUAAACAGAACUCCCAAUCAAAUGAGAGACGACCCAGUUCAACCACAUCGGAAAGCAACAAUAGAAGUGAACACUUUGCUGAUUCGAAUCAGAGAAAAUCGUUACUCGAUCCAUCAACUACAACUUCGGGGUUGGGACCUCCCAUAUCAUUGUCACAAACCCCGUCAUAUGCAUCUAGUAAUACAUCAAUUGCAGAAAGUGAAAGUAAGUUCAAUACUAAAACUGUUUUGUUGGAUGAAAUACCACUACUGGAAAAUGAUAAAACCACAAAAAAGAAACAAACUUCUGAACGAAUGGUUGAUUUUGAAUUUCCAAGUAAGGAAAUAUAUGAAACACAGAACAAAAAAGAGCAACACCAACAGAGUUUUUAUGACCAGGAUGAAGACAAUAAGGACGACGACGACAAUGAUGAUGAUGAUGAUGACGAUAAUUCAUCUCAAUUUUCAUUUGUGCACGAUAUGAAGGGUGGAAGAAACACUUCUGUUAAAUACUACAAAACUAAAAAUUCUAAAAACACUAAUAAUGAUGAAGGGUUACUGAAUACAUUCAACGAGCUUGAUUUGGGGUAUGAAGUAGAUGAGUUUUCUGAUUACGAUUAUGAAAAUAAUGGGGGUGAUUUGGAUGAUGAAUACGAUGAUUUUGGCGGAUUUGAAGAAGAUGAUGAAGAUGAAAACUACAACAAGUAUUUUGGUAGUGAUUUGGAAGAUACGAAUGAUGAUGAAGGAAUUUUUCAUAGAAGUUCUGUUGAUAAUCAAAGUCCUGAACGGAAUGUGAUUACUCCUGAUUUAGAAAACAAAACUGCACCAGAACUGACUAACACCCGUGAAAAACUUGGUGAAUCUUUGCUUCCUAUCGAUAGUGACCGUCCAAAUAAAAGAAACAAGUUUAAUGGAUCUUUUCAUUUAUCGAUUGUUGGUCCCAAAACCCAAUCACCAAAGCCCAGUCCAACGAAAUCAGGUUUUGAAGAAGAUAUUUUAGAAAACUAUCUUGAUAAAAGUGAUAGAUCUUCAACAAACUCAGACGAUAGCUCAUUAGAUCAAGGUGAUUUUGAUACUUGUAAUUUUGAGUUGUUUGCCUUAAAUAGUCCGAUUAUAAAUGGUUUGACAAUUGGUAACAAUUUACGUCAUCGAGGUGGUCGUGAUAGAGAUUUUAUCAACACAAAUCGAUUGAUCAUCCACAGGAAACCUAUUGAUUUUUAUGAUGACAACUCAAACGUUUCUGGGUUUCAUUUAAACAAUAAAGAGAGAUCAAAAUUAUAUUUGCAUGCAUUUCAUGGAUCAAUUGAUGAUGGAUUUAAUAAGGCAGUGGAUGAAAAAGUUAAACAGUUUGAUGAGUUCACUACAAAAUUAACAAAUACAUCGGAACACAUUAAGGAGAAUAUUGGAUUAGGGAUUACCACGGCAACAGAAGCCAACCAGGAGAAACUGAGACUGGCAUAUGCUGGAAGUAUAUCUACGAAUGAUUCAGCGACAAGUAGAUUGACUGCUCCAACUAGUGAUAUGGUUAGUAGCAGCACUGAAACCUCUACAAUUCCUAUAAAUAACGCCUCAAAGCUGAAUAUUGCCGAUACUGCUUCUUUCCGACAAUCAGUUAAUGAUAUGAUGGCAUUAUUAGGUAGCUUGGAAAGUAAACAAGCAAAAGCUGAAGAUGAAAACUUCCUCAAAAAAGCUAAUAAUAGUAAUACUCAGCGAAACUCGAUUAUUGAUAUGAUGGGUAUUCUUGGGAAAUUAGAGGAUGAUAUAAAUAAGCAGACUGGAUCUACCGAGAAAGCUAAACUGGAGGUUCGAAAUUCUAUAGUAGGGAUGAUGGAUUUGUUGGCCAAUUUAGAAUCGAAAGAGCUGAACACAGGAGCUGGUAAAACCAACGCCAACAAUAAAGAAGAAUCCAAAAAAUUGAGGUCCUCGGUUGCUGGUAUGAUGGAUCUAUUAGCAAAUUUGGAGAAUACUACCACAACAAACGAUAAACCUAAACAAAGCAAUCGGAAAUCAGUAGUUGAUAUGAUGUCAACUUUAUCGGCUUUGCAAGAACCACCUGUAAUUGAAAACAAUGCAAACCUGAAUAUGCAAGCCAACACAGCAAAAUCAUUAGAACAUGAACCAAAACGAAAGGCAUCAUUCAAAAGAUAUUCAUGGUUUAAUAGCCAAGAAAGUUUAUCAAUCAAAGGUAAACUGCAGGUGAAAGAGUGUGACCCAACAGAUGACAAUGAUAAAUAUAACACAUCAUUAGAUCAAGAUUUAUUAGAUGAAAUCAAUCAAAUUCCUGAUGAUUUUGAUUUUGAUCAGAAACCACCAGAAACUGAAAAAUAUAAACGGUUAUCACAAGAACGUAGUGGGUUUUAUCGAUCUAAUUCAUAUAAUAGAAAACCGAAAAAAACUGUCAUAUCAAAUCAAUUUUUAUCAAAUAAAAUUGAAACAUUAAAUAAAACCGUCACAUUUUAUAAAAGCUCAUCACCUUCCUCGUCGAUUUUUGAUUCUAGAAGUCGCAGUGUAAGUAGAGGUCCUUCUACACGGUCUAUGAACUCAUUUGCUUCUGUAAGUGAAGAAGUGAAUGAAGAGGAUGAAAAUUUAGAGGAAAAUGAAGGUGGUGGAGAUGAAAAUUAUAGUGAAUUGAUUAAAGAAGUGAAUGGUGAUACUAAUUUCCGGUUUCAGGUCACCCCGAGCUCGUAUAGCUCCAAAGAUUUAAGGACAAUUAAAGAAGUUACAAACAGUCCAAACCCAAAUAAAUAG